CAGCCAUACUUGAUUAGAUGUAAUGUUAGAUCUCAUAUGAGCUGGGUGUCGUACAUGUUGAGUUCCUUAACAUGUCCACCCUCAGGGGACACUAAAAACGUAUUGACGGGAUCAGCAGACAACAGCUGUCGACUGUGGGACUGUGAGACAGGUAAACAGCUGGCCCUGCUCAACACCAACUCUGCUGUGCGAACGUGCGGCUUCGACUUCAGCGGCAACAUCAUCAUGUUCUCCACAGACAAGCAGAUGGGUUACCAGUGCUUCCUGAACUUCUUUGACCUGAGGGAUCCACAGCAGAUCGAGGACAACCAGCCGUACCUGUCAGUACCCUGCAGUGACCACAAGAUCACCAGUGCUGUGUGGGGACCCCUGGGAGAGUUUGUCAUCGCUGGUCACGAGAACGGAGAGUUCAACCAGUUCAGCGCCAAGUCUGGAGAGAUCCUGAAGAAGGCCAAAGAGCACACCAAGCAGAUCAACGACAUCCAGACAUCAGUGGAUCUCACCAUGUUCAUCAGUGCCUCCAAGGACAACACAGCUAAGCUGUUUGACUCCACUUCUCUGGAUCACAUCAAGACUUUCAAGACAGAGAGACCGGUCAACUCAGCUGCCAUCUCCCCCAUCAUGGAUCAUGUGGUGAUGGGAGGUGGACAGGAGGCCAUGGAGGUCACAACCACCUCCACCAGGAUCGGCAAAUUUGAGGCCAGGUUCUUCCACGCUGCCUAUGAGGAGGAGUUCGGCAGAGUCAAAGGUCAUUUCGGCCCCAUCAACUGUGUGGCAUUCCACCCUGACGGCAAGAGUUACAGCAGCGGAGGAGAGGACGGAUACGUAAGGAUUCAUUACUUUGACCCUCAGUACUUUGACUUUGAACUGGAGGCGUAAACAGUCAGGCCCCCCGACCCCACAGCUACAGCUGACAUCGCACUCAGUCCAGUCAGGAAGAAGGAAUAACAGACUCAAGUGCAUUUACAGUGUAAACACCUGGCCUCAGUCCCUCCAUCUGAACUGAUCUGAAGUCAGUGCACCUCUCACAGAUUACUUCAAAUAAAGGUAAAGACGUCACGAGAGUUUCUGGUGUUUCUGAAGUCAUUUUUCUAACAUCACUGGAAACUGUAUCGGUGGGAUCACAAGCAGUUUUUGUACCCUGGACCUGCGGAGCCUCAUGACUGGACUUACAACCCACACUCCCCGAUUCCCAAGUCUAUUUAAUCUGAGUUAUUGAUUUAGUUUCUGUUGUAAGCCAUUCCACCACAAGUCACCAUAAAAGUGCUAAAUUCAA